UUUUUUGUCUGACACCUCGGAGACAGGACCCGGCCGUAAGUAGCCUAAGACUGCUGAAGAGGGAAUCAGAGCUGAUAAAAUAAUAAAUGUUUGAUCUGCCAUGAAAUCCGAGAGGAGGACAGAUAUGCCCGUCUGGAUGAGAGACCCCCGCUGGGUGAAGACACGCAGCGUAUGUUAGCUGAGCCGUGAAAGCUCGCUGCCAUUGACUGAUGCUGAGGCUGAAACGGGAGCGAAAAAAACGAUGAGCGCACGAGAGUGAGCAUCCCCGCGCCAAGCGUCGCAUCACUGAUUAUUUCAAGGUAUUAGACAUCAUUUACAGAUUUGCAAUAAGCGAUAGUCGCCACUGUCUGGACGCUUUCUGUCGAUGCUGGCAGGUUGAUCGGCGGCAUUUAUGGUCGCCAGGCAAAAUCCAUUUUCACUCUGCAGAUGUGGGCUGCGAGAAGACAAGGGCCUGUUCGCUGGCUGAAGGGACUGAUCAUUGAUCACGAUGAACAGCAAAACGGUGUGAUCAUGUCCAGUGUUACAUGCUACAGGACUGUUUUGACGUGUAAUGGAUGAUAUGGCAUGUUCAGGUGAGAUGCAUAUGACUGAAUGAGAGAUUCAUGUUGAUUUGUGCACUUAAUAAGGAGGAGCAGCUUCAACCGCUUAUUGUCAGGCACCCUAAAAAAGCAAACAAAACUGGCACUGGUUUUCUCUCCUGACAGCCUGCUGAUCAAGAUGGGACUAACCUGAUUUACAGUCAACACUGCUGGAUGUGAGGCCACACAUUCAAACAAUGCCAAGCUCUCAGGCACCUGAUAUGGGCACAAAUUUCACUGAUGUUCCCUGGGAGCCUGGUUUCAGCGCUUCUAGUCCCAACCUGGUGUGGUCCUCCACCGUGAACAGUGUGGUGAAGAUGGUGCUCAUAUCUCUCAUCGUGUGUGUGUCUUUGUUUGGGAAUGUGGUGGUUCUGCUGGUGUUCCAGAGGAAGCCUCAGCUCCUCCACGUGGCCAACCGCUUCGUCCUCAACCUCCUCUUGGCAGAUCUGCUCCAGACUAUAUUAGUCAUGCCCUUUGCCAUCGCAGCCACUGUUCCAGGUGUGUGGCCCCUGGAUGCCCGACUGUGCCAGGCUCUUGUUGUGCUCAUGCAUCUUUUUGCAUUUGCCGGGGUCAACACUAUUAUAGUUGUCUCUGUGGAUCGCUACCUGGCCAUCAUCCACCCUCUGUCCUAUCCCACCCGCAUGACCCCUCACCUGGGCACCAACCUGAUCAUCUGCACCUGGGUGCUUAGUUUCCUGCAGAGCACGCCACCCCUGUACGGCUGGGGGGCCAUUGACUUUGACCGCCACCACAACGUGUGCUCCGUGGUGUGGUCCUCCAGCCUGUCCUACUCUGUUGUGGUGUCCACCUUCUCCUUCUGGCUGCCUGUGCUCAUCAUGCUCGGAUGUUACUGGAUGGUGUUCAGAGCGGCUCGACGGCAAAAUGCACUUGUGCACCCCAUACAGACGCAGUCCUACUCCCAGCCCUGCCCACAGGACUUCCAGGGACCUAGCAGUCCACAGCGGCAGCUCCAGCCCCAGCUCCAGCCUCAGCCCCAGCCACAGCCUCAGCCUCAGCAGGCCUCUUCACCAGACGGCCCCUACUCAGCCAGGGGUUACCCUGUCCGAGUCAGGCACAGACGCUUUCACUACCACUGCAAGGCCGCUCGUGUAGUUUUUGUGAUUAUGGCCUCAUACAUCCUCAGCAUGGGGCCUUACAGCAUAUUAAACACUAUGUCUAUGAGUGCUAGAGCAGCUGUACCCCCCUGGUUGUCCUCUCUUGCCCUUGUGCUCUUCUUUUUGCAGUGCUGCCUCCACCCCUACAUUUAUGGUUACAUGCACCGCAGUGUGAGGAAGGAAUUCCUCGCGCUGCUCUGUGGGCUGUUCUGCAAACAGGGCCGUCCCAGCCAGAGCUCCGCCGUAGAGAGCUGCUUCACAACGACAGAGGGACGUUUCGGCGCUCACCCUCACCUGCCCAGCCUGACCGCUCGAGUCUUCCCUCUGAGGACUUGGGAAGAGUGCACAACAUCCUCCUCUCCCACUUUUGAAAGGAAGUCAAGGGACAGCCGUAAAGAGACCACCUCUACCAGCGUCAGCUCUUAGAGUCCAAACAAGCACAUUAACUGCCUUUUAGGAGUCAUUGGCUAGACCGUGUGCAUCAUGCAGUGUGUUCACACAUAAGUUAAUAUGCCUUCGUGAAAACAGGGUGAUUUAUUCUGAAGUUGCUGGCAUUAGGAAUAGUGGAACUACCUAGUUUAUCACCAACAUUUGAUCUUUUGCUGUUUUAUAAUAAGGCUAAUUAAACGGGAAAGUUGAGAUUUCAUAUUUCUCUUGGGGGAAAAAAAAAGAUUUGGUUCUUUCAUUGUUCCAUUAUGAAUGUAUAGCUGUGUGGAAGAAAUCUUUAACAGUCACUAUUACUUUAUUUUCAUUUGGGGGGUUAAUAUGUAAAUGCAAUUUUAAGAGUGACAAAUAUUCUGAUAAGUCACAAUGUGCACAGCUGUUAUUUAUGUAUGUUGAGUUAUGUUUUGUCCCUACAAACCAGUGUUAGUGUUUUAAAUGUAUGCAAUUAUAGCUACUGUCACAUAAAGGGGAGAUUUAAAUCAAUCAAAGUUUUAUAAAGAUUCGAACUGAAGUAGAACAACGAAAACACAAUUUAAUAGUGUUUUCACAUCUUUAACUGCAGAUCUAUUGUAGGCCGAAAUGCUUUUUUUCUUUCUUGCUUUGUCAAGUUAUAAAUGACGUUGGAUCAAAGUGGUUGUUGUUCCGACCACUUUGCCCUAAUCAUGGACCAUAGGUGUCUCAGAAAAGGCAUUGAUCUGCAGCCUCUGCACAACUACUAUCUCCUUGAACCUAUUUGUGUGUUGUAUUCUCUGUGAUCCUGCCUGAAGGCACAGGAUGUACUGUCCUUGUGUUAGUGCAAGCGAGCUUUGCCUGCAUCUAAUGAACUCAGGGUGUGCUUGUGGAAGAAUGUACAUUGCUGUUAUAAAACUUGUAGAGCAAGUCAGUGAGCAUAUGUGUGUUUACGUCCCUGUUGCUGUAACUUGUUCUUAGUCUCAAAGCGCCUUCGAGCAAAUGAGUAGAAUAGAGAUUUAAUGUUGCUUACCAGUUAGAGUUGGCAACUCGCUCCCUGAUGGGAUGGCCACAUUGUCUUAGUCUCUUUUUUUCCUUUAACUCUAGCUCAACCAAGGUGGGACUUUUGCAUCUUGCCACUGUAUAUUUUGACUCAGUAUCUGCUGCCUUUGUAAGCCUUUCUUUGAGGAAGCACAAUAUUUUUGCUGAAAGAAAAAAAAAAAGAAUACAGAGCAGGGUAAGAUAAAAACUUAAGUGGACUCGUUGCACCAGUUAUUUAACGUAGGCUGCAUGCGGCAAGACCUAAUGUAACAGAUUUCUUAUCUUCUUCUGAGUACAUGUAGAUUUGUAAAGAUACCUCCUGAUGCAGUAUUUGCAAUGGAAAAACCUGUGGGCUUUAAGAGGAUGAGUUAUAUGUGUUAUAUGCUUGCAGUGACUCAUCUCAGAGAAAGGCAAUCCAGUUGACCGGGUAGAUGAUGUGUUGCCAAAGGAUGUCAUUGGUGCAUUACAUUAUGUGCAUUAUUUAAAGUUUGUCAAGUUCCCAGUUUGUCAAUUUUUUGUAAACUUUUUGGAAAGAGUGUGUUGUUAUUAAUGAUAUUAUUAUUAUUAUUAGACUGUGAUAGUUUUCUGGGAAACAAUCCACAACUUAUCGGACCUUUACUGGACUAUUGUGGAUUCGAGCCUUGGUUUAUUGUAUUAUUCUAUAGUAUUAUAAAUGACAAUCAAACUUGUGUAAUAAGUUUGAGUGUUGCUCUGUAAAAGAUAAAGGAGUAAAGUACAGUAUGUAAUUAAAAAAAAUGUAUCAUCAAAUAAGAGAAAAUAAUGUUUUUAAGUGCUUUAAAACUACAUAUUUUUGUGAUUUCUAUUGUGCUUUUGUAUUAUUUCUGGUUUCAUUAUCCAGCAUAAGAGUUGUCUGUUGUUUAAUAAAGGUGAACUUAUUGUAA